AUGGCAAAAUAUUUACAGAAGUACACUUUAUACCGAGAAAAUGAUGAACAAAUUGCAAUGAUUUCUGCAAGUUUUACUACUCAAAGUUUGCCUUAGUGUUCUAUCUUUGUUAGGCGCUUCAGGAUAUCUGUGUUGCUGUAUUUUAAGCUCUGAUGACGAUAUUGAUAAUGAAGAUUUUGUAUCCCAUGAUAAUGGAAGUGAUGAUACUGGAGAUGAAAGUGUGCCACAAACCAAUCCUAAUGAGAAUAUCAAGUUUCGAUGGACAAAGAAAGACAUUCCAAUAUCCAAUGAAAGAUUUAGUCCCAAAGUAGAUGACAUGGAAGAAACCAUGCAAGCGGCCUCUUGA